CCCCGACGGCAGGUCGGAGCCCCCCACCCGGAAAGGCUCGGCGGCCCCCAGCAAAGCGGAGAUGGCGCCGGCCACCGUGGCCGAGCAGAUCGUGGCCGCCGACAUCGCGUCCGCGGCUGCCGCCACCGCCAGCCCCGACGGCCCCGAGGGCACCUUCGUGCAGCGGCAGCUGGGGGCCAUGCUCCAGCCGGCCGUCAACAAGUUCUCGCUCCGCAUGUUCGGCAGCCACAAGGCGGUGGAGAUCGAGCAGCAGAGGGUCAAGUCCGUCGGGUACUGGAUCAUCCAUCCCUACAGCGAUUUCAGGUUCUACUGGGACUUGAUCAUGUUGCUCCUCAUGGUUGGCAACCUCAUCAUCUUGCCCGUGGGCAUCACGUUUUUCAAGGACGAGAACACCCCUCCGUGGAUCGUCUUCAACGUCCUCUCGGACACCUUCUUCCUGGCUGACCUGGUCCUGAACUUCCGCACGGGCAUCGUGGUGGAAGACAACACCGAGAUCAUCCUGGACCCUCACACCAUCAAGAUGAAGUACCUGAAGACCUGGUUCCUGGUGGACUUUGUCUCCUCCAUCCCCGUCGACUACAUCUUCCUCAUCGUGGACCUGGAGACCCAGGUGGACUCCGACGUCUACAAGACGGCGAGGGCGCUGCGCAUCGUCCGCUUCACCAAGAUCCUCAGCCUCCUGCGCCUCCUGCGCCUCUCCCGCCUCAUCCGUUACAUCCAUCAGUGGGAGGAGAUCUUCCACAUGACCUAUGACCUGGCUAGCGCGGUCGUGCGGAUCGUCAACCUCAUUGGGAUGAUGCUCCUCCUCUGCCACUGGGACGGGUGUCUCCAGUUCCUGGUCCCCAUGCUACAGGACUUCCCUGAGGACUGCUGGGUCUCCAUCAACCACAUGGUGAAUGACUCGUGGGGCAAGCAGUACUCCCACGCCCUCUUCAAGGCCAUGAGCCACAUGUUGUGCAUCGGGUACGGGCAGCAGGCUCCUGAGGGCAUGACGGACGUUUGGCUCACGAUGCUGAGCAUGAUCGUGGGGGCCACCUGCUACGCCAUGUUCAUCGGCCAUGCCACCGCCCUCAUCCAGUCGCUGGACUCCUCUCGCCGCCAGUACCAGGAGAAGUACAAGCAAGUGGAGCAAUACAUGUCCUUCCACAAGCUGCCGGGAGACACCCGCCAACGGAUCCACGAGUACUACGAACACCGUUACCAAGGCAAGAUGUUUGACGAGGAGAACAUCCUGGGGGAGCUGAGCGAGCCUCUCAAAGAGGAAAUAAUCAACUUCAAUUGCCGCAACCUGGUGGCCAACAUGCCGCUGUUUGCCAACGCCGACCCCAACUUCGUGACGGCCAUGUUGACCAAGCUGCGCUUUGAGGUCUUCCAGCCGGGGGACUUCAUCAUCCGCGAAGGCACCGUGGGCAAAAAGAUGUUCUUCAUCCAACACGGCGUGGUCAGCAUUCUGACUCGAGGCUCCAAAGAGAUGAAGCUUUCAGAUGGUUCCUACUUUGGGGAGAUCUGCCUCCUGACCCGCGGCCGGCGUACGGCCAGCGUGCGUGCCGACACCUACUGCCGCCUCUACUCGCUCUCGGUGGACAACUUCAAUGAAGUCCUGGAGGAAUAUCCCAUGAUGCGCCGGGCCUUCGAAACCGUCGCCAUGGACCGACUGGACCGCAUAGGUAAAAAGAACUCCAUCCUGUUGCGCAAGCGGGCCGAACACAGCUCCAGCUCCGUCAACCAAGAGAUCAUCCAGCAGAUUGUGAAGCACGACCAGGACAUGGCGCACAACAUCCAAGAGCUGCAGCCAGUGGUGGCCGGGCGCGAGCUGAGCGGCAAAGCCGUGAUCUGGGAGCCCCUGGUGCAUGCUCCACUGCAGACCGCCGCCGCCACCACAAACGUAGCCAUUGCCUUGACGCACCAGCAGAGCCUCGCGGCUCACAUCUUCCUGCCCCCUUCUUCCGUAACCAGCCCUCUGUCCCCCGACGCCACCCUAUACCCUCGCCAGCCCCGGCGCUCCCAGCCCAGCUUGGGCGGCUCACGCCCUUCGUCGGCCAGCUCUCCUGCCUCGGGGGCGCAGUCCCACUUACAGACGCCGGCGGUCGGGUCCCCGUCCUCCCCCAUGGUCCAGUGCCCGUCGCCUUUGGAAAGCACUGGGCCCGGCGGCGUUCCUCUCGGACCCCCCAUCCAGCAGCCCAUACAGAAGGCGGAAGCUGGCCCAGGAGCAAGCCAGCCUCAGCUCUCCAAGUCCCACGGAGCCCUUGUCUCCACCUCGCUCCUGCAGCAGCCGGCGAGUGUUGCGGCCAUCCCGCCCGGGCGGACUCUCCACUACAGCCUCUCGCGGGCCACCGGAUCCCACAUCUCCUUGUUUCUGCAGCCUCAGCAGCUGGUCAAACACCGCAGCACACAGGGCCUCUCGGCGGGCCGCCUCACCCAGGAUGUCAGGCCGCUUUCGGCCUCCCAGCCUUCCUUGCCGAACCGGCUCACCCAGCCGGCGGACAUAGGCCCCCCUCAGCAAGCCCGGAAAUCAGCUGGGAACCUGACAUACCGGUCGUCUCCUUCGGUCCCCGGGCUUCUAGCCAAGCCAGCCCCCGGAGCUGCCAGGCGUCCUGUUUCGCCCCAGCAGGCCGCUUCAGGGUCUAGCCAGUCCGUGAGCGGGCCGAGCACCCCGCAGUCGCCUGCCACCACCCCCCGCCACACGGCUGCCCCGUCCCGCAAAGGUUCUGUGGCGUUCAGCCCUGACGUGGACACUGGGAAAGCGAAGUUCACGUCCAACAUGUGA